AUGUACAGUUUCAACCAUCGUCUAACGGCAUUUUUUUCCCCACACAAACUAGAAGUGAUAUCCACUCACAAUGCCCAGUUCUGCAGCUCAUGGGGAAACUACCACUUCAAGACUUUUGAUGGAGACUUCUUUCAGCUUCCCUUAAAGUGCAACUACGUCCUGGUUUCUGACUGCAAGAACGACUAUGAAAACUUCAAUAUUCAGUUCCAACGGCAGGAGGAAAAUGGUGUCACCACCAUUAAAAAGAUCACGAUGAAACUUGAUGGAGUUAUUGUGAAAUUAGACAACACUGGCGUCAAAGUCGAUGAUAAAAUUGUCACUGUACCAUUCAGCCAGAAUGGCAUUUCUAUUGGAAAAGUUAUGUCCUAUGUUAAAAUCGAGGCAAAGCUGGGUUUGACUGUCAUGUGGAAUGAAGAAAACUCCCUUUCGGUUGAGUUGGAUACACAAUUCAUGAAUCAGACCUGUGGCCUGUGUGGUGAUUUCAAUGGCAUCCAGAUUUAUGAUGAGUUCAUCAAAACAGAAACAAGCGAGUCUGUAGCAAAAGAGGAAUAUGGGGCUAACUGGAAAGUGGAUGGACCUGAUGGAAAAUGUGAAGAGGACUCUGCUGAAGCCAAUCAAAUCUGUGCAAACCAGAAAGGCCUCUGUGAGAACCUGCUGUCAGGACCGGCUUUCCUCAGCUGUCAAGACCUGAUCGAUACUGAGUCCUUUAUCGAAGCCUGUGUGCAGGACCUGUGCCACUGUAACAGCAGCAAAACAUGCUUGUGUUCAACUGUAUCAGAGUUCUCCCGUCAGUGUGCUCAUGCAGGCGGACAACCACAAAAUUGGAAGACCGCAGAGCUGUGUGCAAAAACAUGCCCUUUCAACAUGGAGUAUCAGGAAUGUGAAAGUCCCUGUACUGACACCUGCAGCAAUCCCCAGAGAAGCCAAGUGUGUGAUGAUCACUGCGUAGAUGGAUGCUUCUGUCCGUCUGGGACUGUCUUUGAUGACGUUGCGCAGACUGGGUGUGUUGCUGUUGACCAGUGCUCCUGCUUACACAAUGGCAAGGAAUACAAAUCAGGAGAAUCAUACUCUAGGACAUGUAAAACAUGCACCUGUACCAAAGGCCAGUGGAACUGUAAGGAUGUGGAUUGUCCUGGUAUCUGCUCUGUGCUGGGUGGAUCGCACAUUUUUACCUAUGAUGAUAAAAAAUACACUUUCCAUGGAGAAUGCUCUUAUGUUCUCACUAAGGAAAUGCAUGGCACUACUGUUAUUGGUGACUUCCGUGGCUGUGAAAAAACAGCUAAAUCAACUUGCCUGACUGCAGUCACUCUUCUACUGCCUAACCAAAUGACGAUUGUAGUAAAAGCUGACGGACAGGUUUUUAAAAACAACAUUUUGGCUAACCUGCCAUCUUUCUUAGAUGAUGUAACCAUUUUAAGCCCAUCAACAUUCUUUGUUGUGAUCAGCACCUCCUACGGGCUUCAUCUUGAGAUUCAGUUAACAUCCGUUAUGCAGAUUUACAUCAAAGCCAAUGUGUCCAAUAAAGGAAAACUCAAGGGCCUUUGUGGAGAUUUUAAUGAUGUGGAAGCAGAUGACUUCAAAACAACGAAUGGAUUGAUCGAAGGAACGGCUGGGAUAUUUGCCAACACAUGGAAGAUCAAAACAAGCUGUCCCAAUGUGAAAAAUAGACUGAUGGAUCCAUGUUCUCAGAGUGUAGACAAGGAGAAAUAUGCCAAAUACUGGUGCUCCUUGCUGUCAGAUGCUAAUGGGAUUUUCUCCCAGUGCCAUUCUGAAAUAAACCCCUGAAGAUUUUCACAGUCUUGUAUUUAUGACACCUGCAUCUGUGACAAUAGUGAGAAAUGCAUGUGUGCUGCUUUAUCCUCCUACGUCCAUGCAUGUGCUGCUGAAGGUGUCUUAUUGGAGGGAUGGAGGGACAUCACAUGCAAGCAAUACACAACAACAUGCCCAUCUAACUUUGUGUAUGGCUACCAAAUGGAAAGCUGUGGUCGCACCUGUCGCUCUCUAAGUCAGUCGGACUUAACAUGUGAGGUUAAAUUUACCCCGCUUGAUGGCUGCGGCUGUGCAAAAGGAACUUACCUUAAUGACGAGGGAGAGUGUGUGUCAGCUACAAAAUGCCCCUGUUAUGUGGAAGACAUGGUGGUUGCUCCCGGCAGCGUCAUAAGAAUCAGCGGACAAACUUGCUCAUGCCAUGGUGGAAAACUAAGCUGUACAGGAAUCCACAUUAGGGAAUCUUGCAAAAGUCCAAUGGUAUAUUUCGACUGCUCAAGUGCAAAGCCUGGUGUCAACGGAUCUGAGUGCCAAAAAAGCUGCCAAACAGUGGACACAGAAUGUGUCAGUAAAAAAUGUGUCUCAGGCUGUGUAUGUCCUGCUGGCCUACUGUCAGAUGAUGAAGGAGGCUGUAUUGCAGAAGAGAACUGUCCCUGCACAUAUCAUGGAGAAUCUUAUCCAUCUGGACAGACUGUCACUGUAGACUGCAAUACCUGCACUUGCAAAAGCAGAAAAUGGAAGUGUACAGAUCGUCAGUGUGAUGGUACCUGUACCAUAUAUGGAGAAGGACACUACAUCACUUUUGAUGAAAAGAAGUUUUCCUUUAACGGAGACUGUGGAUACGUCUUUACCCAGGAUUACUGUGGGGACCAAAUGGAUGGCACUUUCAGGGUUGUAACUGAGAGCAUCCCAUGUGGAACAACUGAAAGCAUCUGCUCCACUGCUAUUAAGCUCUACUUAGGGAACACAGAAAUUGUUCUUUCGGAGGAAGAUGUCAAAGUAAUCAAACAAAACAAAGGAAUUGACAUACCAUAUCAGGUCCACACUAUUGGUAUAUACCUCGUCAUUGAGGCAAAGAAUGGUCUUGUUCUCAUUUGGAAUAAGAAGACAACACUCAUGAUCAAACUGAGCUCCACAUUCAAGGGGAAAGUCUGUGGACUGUGUGGGAAUUACGAUGGCAAUAUAAAAAAUGAUUUCACCACAAGGAACAAAGAAGUUGUCGUUGAAGCCCUUGAGUUUGGAAACAGCUGGAAAGUGUCACCUACCUGUCCUAAUGCCAAAGCACUAAAAAAUCCUUGCAGUCUGUACUCACACAGACAGGCAUGGGCAUUAAAACACUGCAGCAUUAUCAACAGUAAAGUAUUUGCUGUUUGCCAUUCAAAGGUGGAUCCACAAAACUAUUAUGAUGCUUGUGUGAAAGACACAUGUGCCUGCAAUACAGGAGGAGAUUGUGAAUGUUUCUGCUCAAGUGUUGCAGCCUAUGCAGCAGCCUGUAAUAAGGCCGGGGCAUGUAUAAAAUGGAGAACUCCCACCAUCUGCCCUCUAUUCUGUGAUUUUUACAACCCUGAUGGAGAAUGUGAAUGGCAUUAUGAACCAUGUGGAAAACCAUGCAUGAAGACAUGUAGGAAUCCCUCAGGAGAGUGCUACAAUCAAAUUCCAGAAUUAGAAGAAAAGUCCACCACAACAACAAGUGGAGAGCCCAGUACCCCUGCAACUACAGAAAAACCUAGCACCACAACAACUGCUAAAUCCACAACAACCAUAAAAGAGCCCAUCACAACCACUACGCUCACAGAGAAACCCACCACAACAGUCGCAGAGAAGCCCAGCACUACUGCUGCUACAACCACAAAGAAAUCCUCCACAACAUCUGCAAACUGCUUUCGUUGUUCUUGGUCAGUUUGGACCGACAGUCAUUACCCUGAGGACAGCAGUGACGGUGGAGAGUAUGAGCCUAUUGACAAAAUUACGAAUCCAGAUCUGAGUACUUGCAGUGAACCUCUGAAAAUAGAGUGUAGAUCAAAAGACCAUAAAGAUACACCCUUGAAUCAAAUUGGUCAGAAAUUAACAUGCAACCCAGAAGUUGGACUGAGAUGUAACAAUAAAGAUCAAGGUUUUGCUCCUCCAUGUUAUGACUAUGAAAUACGAGUCCAAUGUUGCAUCAACAUUUGUGCACCAUCAACCACAAAGGCCCCCUCCACAACACCAACCAAAGGAACCAUACCUUCAACCACUACAACAUCUGGACCAACAGAAAAAAUUGGCACCACCUCUGGUGCCGUCACAGAAAAUCCAACGACAACCACGCUCACAGAAGAGCCCACCACAACAACCACAACCACAGAAAAACCUGUAACAAGCACUGCUGGAACAACUCCAAAACCCACUGAAACAACACCUGAAGUUGUAACACAUACAGUGGUCACAACAGUACAAUCAACGAGCUCUGUUGUCAUUCCUACAACUACUGCAACCACAGAGAAGACCACAACAACAGCCACAGAGAAGACCAGCACUACUGCAGCCACAACCACAGAACAACCCACAGUGACAGAAGAAUCAACCACAAUCUCAGAAAAACCCACAGCCACCACAACAGCCACAGAAAAGCCCAGUUCUACUGCCUCUCCAACCACAGAACAACCCACAUUUGGACCGACAGUCAUUACCCUGAGGACAGCAGUGACGGUGGAGAAAAAACCUAGCACCACAACAACUGCUAAAUCCACAACAACCAUAAAAGAGCCCAUCACAACCACUACACUCACAGAGAAACCCACCACAACAGUCGCAGAGAAGCCCAGCACUACUGCUGCUACAACCACAAAGAAAUCCUCCACAACAUCUGCAAACUGCUUUCGUUGUUCUUGGUCAGUUUGGACCGACAGUCAUUACCCUGAGGACGGCAGUGACGGUGGAGAGUAUGAGCCUAUUGACAAAAUUACGAAUCCAGAUCUGAGUACUUGCAGUGAACCUCUGAAAAUAGAGUGUAGAUCAAAAGACCAUAAAGAUACACCCUUGAAUCAAAUUGGUCAGAAAUUAACAUGCAACCCAGAAGUUGGACUGAGAUGUAACAAUAAAGAUCAAGGUUUUGCUCCUCCAUGUUAUGACUAUGAAAUACGAGUCCAAUGUUGCAUCAACAUUUGUGCACCAUCAACCACAAAGGCCCCCUCCACAACACCAACCAAAGGAACCAUACCUUCAGCCACUACAACAUCUGGAUCAACAGAAAAAAUUGGCACCACCUCUGGUGCCGUCACAGAAAAUCCAACGACAACCACGCUCACAGAAGAGCCCACCACAACAACCACAACCACAGAAAAACCUGUAACAAGCACUGCUGGAACAACUCCAAAACCCACUGAAACAACACCUGAAGUUGUAACACAUACAGUGGUCACAACAGUACAAUCAACGAGCUCUGUUGUCGUUCCUACAACUACUGCAACCACAGAGAAGACCACAACAACAGCCACAGAGAAGACCAGCACUACUGCAGCCACAACCACAGAACAACCCACAGUGACAGAAGAAUCAACCACAAUCUCAGAAAAACCCACAGCCACCACAACAGCCACAGAAAAGCCCAGUUCUACUGCCUCUCCAACCACAGAACAACCCACAGUGACAGAAAAAUCAACCACAACCGCAGAAAGACCAACAACAACAGCAGCGGUCACAGAAAAGUCCACCACAACAACAAGUGGAGAGCCCAGUACCCCUGCAACUACAGAAAAACCUAGCACCACAACAACUGCUAAAUCCACAACAACCAUAAAAGAGCCCAUCACAACCACUACACUCACAGAGAAACCCACCACAACAGUCGCAGAGAAGCCCAGCACUACUGCUGCUACAACCACAAAGAAAUCCUCCACAACAUCUGCAAACUGCUUUCGUUGUUCUUGGUCAGUUUGGACGACAGUCAUUACCCUGAGGACGGCAGUGACGGUGGAGAGACGCAGUGACGGUGGAGAGUAUGAGCCUAUUGACAAAAUUACGAAUCCAGAUCUGAGUACUUGCAGUGAACCUCUGAAAAUAGAGUGUAGAUCAAAAGACCAUAAAGAUACACCCUUGAAUCAAAUUGGUCAGAAAUUAACAUGCAACCCAGAAGUUGGACUGAGAUGUAACAAUAAAGAUCAAGGUUUUGCUCCUCCAUGUUAUGACUAUGAAAUACGAGUCCAAUGUUGCAUCAACAUUUGUGCACCAUCAACCACAAAGGCCCCCUCCACAACACCAACCAAAGGAACCAUACCUUCAGCCACUACAACAUCUGGAUCAACAGAAAAAAUUGGCACCACCUCUGGUGCCGUCACAGAAAAUCCAACGACAACCACGCUCACAGAAGAGCCCACCACAACAACCACAACCACAGAAAAACCUGUAACAAGCACUGCUGGAACAACUCCAAAACCCACUGAAACAACACCUGAAGUUGUAACACAUACAGUGGUCACAACAGUACAAUCAACGAGCUCUGUUGUCGUUCCUACAACUACUGCAACCACAGAGAAGACCACAACAACAGCCACAGAGAAGACCAGCACUACUGCAGCCACAACCACAGAACAACCCACAGUGACAGAAGAAUCAACCACAAUCUCAGAAAAACCCACAGCCACCACAACAGCCACAGAAAAGCCCAGUUCUACUGCCUCUCCAACCACAGAACAACCCACAGUGACAGAAAAAUCAACCACAACCGCAGAAAGACCAACAACAACAGCAGCGGUCACAGAAAAGUCCACCACAACAACAAGUGGAGAGCCCAGUACCCCUGCAACUACAGAAAAACCUAGCACCACAACAACUGCUAAAUCCACAACAACCAUAAAAGAGCCCAUCACAACCACUACACUCACAGAGAAACCCACCACAACAGUCGCAGAGAAGCCCAGCACUACUGCUGCUACAACCACAAAGAAAUCCUCCACAACAUCUGCAAACUGCUUUCGUUGUUCUUGGUCAGUUUGGACCGACAGUCAUUACCCUGAGGACGGCAGUGACGGUGGAGAGUAUGAGCCUAUUGACAAAAUUACGAAUCCAGAUCUGAGUACUUGCAGUGAACCUCUGAAAAUAGAGUGUAGAUCAAAAGACCAUAAAGAUACACCCUUGAAUCAAAUUGGUCAGAAAUUAACAUGCAACCCAGAAGUUGGACUGAGAUGUAACAAUAAAGAUCAAGGUUUUGCUCCUCCAUGUUAUGACUAUGAAAUACGAGUCCAAUGUUGCAUCAACAUUUGUGCACCAUCAACCACAAAGGCCCCCUCCACAACACCAACCAAAGGAACCAUACCUUCAGCCACUACAACAUCUGGAUCAACAGAAAAAAUUGGCACCACCUCUGGUGCCGUCACAGAAAAUCCAACGACAACCACGCUCACAGAAGAGCCCACCACAACAACCACAACCACAGAAAAACCUGUAACAAGCACUGCUGGAACAACUCCAAAACCCACUGAAACAACACCUGAAGUUGUAACACAUACAGUGGUCACAACAGUACAAUCAACGAGCUCUGUUGUCGUUCCUACAACUACUGCAACCACAGAGAAGACCACAACAACAGCCACAGAGAAGACCAGCACUACUGCAGCCACAACCACAGAACAACCCACAGUGACAGAAGAAUCAACCACAAUCUCAGAAAAACCCACAGCCACCACAACAGCCACAGAAAAGCCCAGUUCUACUGCCUCUCCAACCACAGAACAACCCACAGUGACAGAAAAAUCAACCACAACCGCAGAAAGACCAACAACAACAGCAGCGGUCACAGAAAAGUCCACCACAACAACAAGUGGAGAGCCCAGUACCCCUGCAACUACAGAAAAACCUAGCACCACAACAACUGCUAAAUCCACAACAACCAUAAAAGAGCCCAUCACAACCACUACACUCACAGAGAAACCCACCACAACAGUCGCAGAGAAGCCCAGCACUACUGCUGCUACAACCACAAAGAAAUCCUCCACAACAUCUGCAAACUGCUUUCGUUGUUCUUGGUCAGUUUGGACCGACAGUCAUUACCCUGAGGACGGCAGUGACGGUGGAGAGUAUGAGCCUAUUGACAAAAUUACGAAUCCAGAUCUGAGUACUUGCAGUGAACCUCUGAAAAUAGAGUGUAGAUCAAAAGACCAUAAAGAUACACCCUUGAAUCAAAUUGGUCAGAAAUUAACAUGCAACCCAGAAGUUGGACUGAGAUGUAACAAUAAAGAUCAAGGUUUUGCUCCUCCAUGUUAUGACUAUGAAAUACGAGUCCAAUGUUGCAUCAACAUUUGUGCACCAUCAACCACAAAGGCCCCCUCCACAACACCAACCAAAGGAACCAUACCUUCAGCCACUACAACAUCUGGAUCAACAGAAAAAAUUGGCACCACCUCUGGUGCCGUCACAGAAAAUCCAACGACAACCACGCUCACAGAAGAGCCCACCACAACAACCACAACCACAGAAAAACCUGUAACAAGCACUGCUGGAACAACUCCAAAACCCACUGAAACAACACCUGAAGUUGUAACACAUACAGUGGUCACAACAGUACAAUCAACGAGCUCUGUUGUCGUUCCUACAACUACUGCAACCACAGAGAAGACCACAACAACAGCCACAGAGAAGACCAGCACUACUGCAGCCACAACCACAGAACAACCCACAGUGACAGAAGAAUCAACCACAAUCUCAGAAAAACCCACAGCCACCACAACAGCCACAGAAAAGCCCAGUUCUACUGCCUCUCCAACCACAGAACAACCCACAGUGACAGAAAAAUCAACCACAACCGCAGAAAGACCAACAACAACAGCAGCGGUCACAGAAAAGUCCACCACAACAACAAGUGGAGAGCCCAGUACCCCUGCAACUACAGAAAAACCUAGCACCACAACAACUGCUAAAUCCACAACAACCAUAAAAGAGCCCAUCACAACCACUACACUCACAGAGAAACCCACCACAACAGUCGCAGAGAAGCCCAGCACUACUGCUGCUACAACCACAAAGAAAUCCUCCACAACAUCUGCAAACUGCUUUCGUUGUUCUUGGUCAGUUUGGACCGACAGUCAUUACCCUGAGGACGGCAGUGACGGUGGAGAGUAUGAGCCUAUUGACAAAAUUACGAAUCCAGAUCUGAGUACUUGCAGUGAACCUCUGAAAAUAGAGUGUAGAUCAAAAGACCAUAAAGAUACACCCUUGAAUCAAAUUGGUCAGAAAUUAACAUGCAACCCAGAAGUUGGACUGAGAUGUAACAAUAAAGAUCAAGGUUUUGCUCCUCCAUGUUAUGACUAUGAAAUACGAGUCCAAUGUUGCAUCAACAUUUGUGCACCAUCAACCACAAAGGCCCCCUCCACAACACCAACCAAAGGAACCAUACCUUCAGCCACUACAACAUCUGGAUCAACAGAAAAAAUUGGCACCACCUCUGGUGCCGUCACAGAAAAUCCAACGACAACCACGCUCACAGAAGAGCCCACCACAACAACCACAACCACAGAAAAACCUGUAACAAGCACUGCUGGAACAACUCCAAAACCCACUGAAACAACACCUGAAGUUGUAACACAUACAGUGGUCACAACAGUACAAUCAACGAGCUCUGUUGUCGUUCCUACAACUACUGCAACCACAGAGAAGACCACAACAACAGCCACAGAGAAGACCAGCACUACUGCAGCCACAACCACAGAACAACCCACAGUGACAGAAGAAUCAACCACAAUCUCAGAAAAACCCACAGCCACCACAACAGCCACAGAAAAGCCCAGUUCUACUGCCUCUCCAACCACAGAACAACCCACAGUGACAGAAAAAUCAACCACAACCGCAGAAAGACCAACAACAACAGCAGCGGUCACAGAAAAGUCCACCACAACAACAAGUGGAGAGCCCAGUACCCCUGCAACUACAGAAAAACCUAGCACCACAACAACUGCUAAAUCCACAACAACCAUAAAAGAGCCCAUCACAACCACUACACUCACAGAGAAACCCACCACAACAGUCGCAGAGAAGCCCAGCACUACUGCUGCUACAACCACAAAGAAAUCCUCCACAACAUCUGCAAACUGCUUUCGUUGUUCUUGGUCAGUUUGGACCGACAGUCAUUACCCUGAGGACGGCAGUGACGGUGGAGAGUAUGAGCCUAUUGACAAAAUUACGAAUCCAGAUCUGAGUACUUGCAGUGAACCUCUGAAAAUAGAGUGUAGAUCAAAAGACCAUAAAGAUACACCCUUGAAUCAAAUUGGUCAGAAAUUAACAUGCAACCCAGAAGUUGGACUGAGAUGUAACAAUAAAGAUCAAGGUUUUGCUCCUCCAUGUUAUGACUAUGAAAUACGAGUCCAAUGUUGCAUCAACAUUUGUGCACCAUCAACCACAAAGGCCCCCUCCACAACACCAACCAAAGGAACCAUACCUUCAGCCACUACAACAUCUGGAUCAACAGAAAAAAUUGGCACCACCUCUGGUGCCGUCACAGAAAAUCCAACGACAACCACGCUCACAGAAGAGCCCACCACAACAACCACAACCACAGAAAAACCUGUAACAAGCACUGCUGGAACAACUCCAAAACCCACUGAAACAACACCUGAAGUUGUAACACAUACAGUGGUCACAACAGUACAAUCAACGAGCUCUGUUGUCGUUCCUACAACUACUGCAACCACAGAGAAGACCACAACAACAGCCACAGAGAAGACCAGCACUACUGCAGCCACAACCACAGAACAACCCACAGUGACAGAAGAAUCAACCACAAUCUCAGAAAAACCCACAGCCACCACAACAGCCACAGAAAAGCCCAGUUCUACUGCCUCUCCAACCACAGAACAACCCACAGUGACAGAAAAAUCAACCACAACCGCAGAAAGACCAACAACAACAGCAGCGGUCACAGAAAAGUCCACCACAACAACAAGUGGAGAGCCCAGUACCCCUGCAACUACAGAAAAACCUAGCACCACAACAACUGCUAAAUCCACAACAACCAUAAAAGAGCCCAUCACAACCACUACACUCACAGAGAAACCCACCACAACAGUCGCAGAGAAGCCCAGCACUACUGCUGCUACAACCACAAAGAAAUCCUCCACAACAUCUGCAAACUGCUUUCGUUGUUCUUGGUCAGUUUGGACCGACAGUCAUUACCCUGAGGACGGCAGUGACGGUGGAGAGUAUGAGCCUAUUGACAAAAUUACGAAUCCAGAUCUGAGUACUUGCAGUGAACCUCUGAAAAUAGAGUGUAGAUCAAAAGACCAUAAAGAUACACCCUUGAAUCAAAUUGGUCAGAAAUUAACAUGCAACCCAGAAGUUGGACUGAGAUGUAACAAUAAAGAUCAAGGUUUUGCUCCUCCAUGUUAUGACUAUGAAAUACGAGUCCAAUGUUGCAUCAACAUUUGUGCACCAUCAACCACAAAGGCCCCCUCCACAACACCAACCAAAGGAACCAUACCUUCAGCCACUACAACAUCUGGAUCAACAGAAAAAAUUGGCACCACCUCUGGUGCCGUCACAGAAAAUCCAACGACAACCACGCUCACAGAAGAGCCCACCACAACAACCACAACCACAGAAAAACCUGUAACAAGCACUGCUGGAACAACUCCAAAACCCACUGAAACAACACCUGAAGUUGUAACACAUACAGUGGUCACAACAGUACAAUCAACGAGCUCUGUUGUCGUUCCUACAACUACUGCAACCACAGAGAAGACCACAACAACAGCCACAGAGAAGACCAGCACUACUGCAGCCACAACCACAGAACAACCCACAGUGACAGAAGAAUCAACCACAAUCUCAGAAAAACCCACAGCCACCACAACAGCCACAGAAAAGCCCAGUUCUACUGCCUCUCCAACCACAGAACAACCCACAGUGACAGAAAAAUCAACCACAACCGCAGAAAGACCAACAACAACAGCAGCGGUCACAGAAAAGUCCACCACAACAACAAGUGGAGAGCCCAGUACCCCUGCAACUACAGAAAAACCUAGCACCACAACAACUGCUAAAUCCACAACAACCAUAAAAGAGCCCAUCACAACCACUACACUCACAGAGAAACCCACCACAACAGUCGCAGAGAAGCCCAGCACUACUGCUGCUACAACCACAAAGAAAUCCUCCACAACAUCUGCAAACUGCUUUCGUUGUUCUUGGUCAGUUUGGACCGACAGUCAUUACCCUGAGGACGGCAGUGACGGUGGAGAGUAUGAGCCUAUUGACAAAAUUACGAAUCCAGAUCUGAGUACUUGCAGUGAACCUCUGAAAAUAGAGUGUAGAUCAAAAGACCAUAAAGAUACACCCUUGAAUCAAAUUGGUCAGAAAUUAACAUGCAACCCAGAAGUUGGACUGAGAUGUAACAAUAAAGAUCAAGGUUUUGCUCCUCCAUGUUAUGACUAUGAAAUACGAGUCCAAUGUUGCAUCAACAUUUGUGCACCAUCAACCACAAAGGCCCCCUCCACAACACCAACCAAAGGAACCAUACCUUCAGCCACUACAACAUCUGGAUCAACAGAAAAAAUUGGCACCACCUCUGGUGCCGUCACAGAAAAUCCAACGACAACCACGCUCACAGAAGAGCCCACCACAACAACCACAACCACAGAAAAACCUGUAACAAGCACUGCUGGAACAACUCCAAAACCCACUGAAACAACACCUGAAGUUGUAACACAUACAGUGGUCACAACAGUACAAUCAACGAGCUCUGUUGUCGUUCCUACAACUACUGCAACCACAGAGAAGACCACAACAACAGCCACAGAGAAGACCAGCACUACUGCAGCCACAACCACAGAACAACCCACAGUGACAGAAGAAUCAACCACAAUCUCAGAAAAACCCACAGCCACCACAACAGCCACAGAAAAGCCCAGUUCUACUGCCUCUCCAACCACAGAACAACCCACAGUGACAGAAAAAUCAACCACAACCGCAGAAAGACCAACAACAACAGCAGCGGUCACAGAAAAGUCCACCACAACAACAAGUGGAGAGCCCAGUACCCCUGCAACUACAGAAAAACCUAGCACCACAACAACUGCUAAAUCCACAACAACCAUAAAAGAGCCCAUCACAACCACUACACUCACAGAGAAACCCACCACAACAGUCGCAGAGAAGCCCAGCACUACUGCUGCUACAACCACAAAGAAAUCCUCCACAACAUCUGCAAACUGCUUUCGUUGUUCUUGGUCAGUUUGGACCGACAGUCAUUACCCUGAGGACGGCAGUGACGGUGGAGAGUAUGAGCCUAUUGACAAAAUUACGAAUCCAGAUCUGAGUACUUGCAGUGAACCUCUGAAAAUAGAGUGUAGAUCAAAAGACCAUAAAGAUACACCCUUGAAUCAAAUUGGUCAGAAAUUAACAUGCAACCCAGAAGUUGGACUGAGAUGUAACAAUAAAGAUCAAGGUUUUGCUCCUCCAUGUUAUGACUAUGAAAUACGAGUCCAAUGUUGCAUCAACAUUUGUGCACCAUCAACCACAAAGGCCCCCUCCACAAAAAAUCCAACGACAACCACGCUCACAGAAGAGCCCACCACAACAACCACAACCACAGAAAAACCUGUAACAAGCACUGCUGGAACAACUCCAAAACCCACUGAAACAACACCUGAAGUUGUAACACAUACAGUGGUCACAACAGUACAAUCAACGAGCUCUGUUGUCGUUCCUACAACUACUGCAACCACAGAGAAGACCACAACAACAGCCACAGAGAAGACCAGCACUACUGCAGCCACAACCACAGAACAACCCACAGUGACAGAAGAAUCAACCACAAUCUCAGAAAAACCCACAGCCACCACAACAGCCACAGAAAAGCCCAGUUCUACUGCCUCUCCAACCACAGAACAACCCACAGUGACAGAAAAAUCAACCACAACCGCAGAAAGACCAACAACAACAGCAGCGGUCACAGAAAAGUCCACCACAACAACAAGUGGAGAGCCCAGUACCCCUGCAACUACAGAAAAACCUAGCACCACAACAACUGCUAAAUCCACAACAACCAUAAAAGAGCCCAUCACAACCACUACACUCACAGAGAAACCCACCACAACAGUCGCAGAGAAGCCCAGCACUACUGCUGCUACAACCACAAAGAAAUCCUCCACAACAUCUGCAAACUGCUUUCGUUGUUCUUGGUCAGUUUGGACCGACAGUCAUUACCCUGAGGACGGCAGUGACGGUGGAGAGUAUGAGCCUAUUGACAAAAUUACGAAUCCAGAUCUGAGUACUUGCAGUGAACCUCUGAAAAUAGAGUGUAGAUCAAAAGACCAUAAAGAUACACCCUUGAAUCAAAUUGGUCAGAAAUUAACAUGCAACCCAGAAGUUGGACUGAGAUGUAACAAUAAAGAUCAAGGUUUUGCUCCUCCAUGUUAUGACUAUGAAAUACGAGUCCAAUGUUGCAUCAACAUUUGUGCACCAUCAACCACAAAGGCCCCCUCCACAACACCAACCAAAGGAACCAUACCUUCAGCCACUACAACAUCUGGAUCAACAGAAAAAAUUGGCACCACCUCUGGUGCCGUCACAGAAAAUCCAACGACAACCACGCUCACAGAAGAGCCCACCACAACAACCACAACCACAGAAAAACCUGUAACAAGCACUGCUGGAACAACUCCAAAACCCACUGAAACAACACCUGAAGUUGUAACACAUACAGUGGUCACAACAGUACAAUCAACGAGCUCUGUUGUCGUUCCUACAACUACUGCAACCACAGAGAAGACCACAACAACAGCCACAGAGAAGACCAGCACUACUGCAGCCACAACCACAGAACAACCCACAGUGACAGAAGAAUCAACCACAAUCUCAGAAAAACCCACAGCCACCACAACAGCCACAGAAAAGCCCAGUUCUACUGCCUCUCCAACCACAGAACAACCCACAGUGACAGAAAAAUCAACCACAACCGCAGAAAGACCAACAACAACAGCAGCGGUCACAGAAAAGUCCACCACAACAACAAGUGGAGAGCCCAGUACCCCUGCAACUACAGAAAAACCUAGCACCACAACAACUGCUAAAUCCACAACAACCAUAAAAGAGCCCAUCACAACCACUACACUCACAGAGAAACCCACCACAACAGUCGCAGAGAAGCCCAGCACUACUGCUGCUACAACCACAAAGAAAUCCUCCACAACAUCUGCAAACUGCUUUCGUUGUUCUUGGUCAGUUUGGACCGACAGUCAUUACCCUGAGGACGGCAGUGACGGUGGAGAGUAUGAGCCUAUUGACAAAAUUACGAAUCCAGAUCUGAGUACUUGCAGUGAACCUCUGAAAAUAGAGUGUAGAUCAAAAGACCAUAAAGAUACACCCUUGAAUCAAAUUGGUCAGAAAUUAACAUGCAACCCAGAAGUUGGACUGAGAUGUAACAAUAAAGAUCAAGGUUUUGCUCCUCCAUGUUAUGACUAUGAAAUACGAGUCCAAUGUUGCAUCAACAUUUGUGCACCAUCAACCACAAAGGCCCCCUCCACAACACCAACCAAAGGAACCAUACCUUCAGCCACUACAACAUCUGGAUCAACAGAAAAAAUUGGCACCACCUCUGGUGCCGUCACAGAAAAUCCAACGACAACCACGCUCACAGAAGAGCCCCACCACAACAACCACAACCACAGAAAAACCUUUUGGACCGACAGUCAUUACCCUGAGGACGGCAGUGACGGUGGAGAGUAUGAGCCUAUUGACAAAAUUACGAAUCCAGAUCUGAGAAGCCUCAUCUACAAUAAAACAGAUGAAGAUGGCUGGUGUUUUACUGCAUAUUGCAAUUUGAACUGCAAUGUUGAGAAGCAGGACAGACUGUGUCAAUCCACUACCACACCAAAUCCAAGCAUCAGCACCACAAGCUCUGGCAUUACAACACAAACGGGCUCAACAUCUGCCGGAAAAGUAACAACAGUGAACUUCACGGACUGCUCAUAUCUCAAUCCACCAAGACAGCUUGGUGAGACUUGGAAGAGUGGCUGUCAGCAAUGUGUCUGCAGCAAUGAAACUCUGAGUGUUAAGUGUGAGCCACUACCAUGUCCCACUCAAGAACCAGUCAUCUGUACAGAAGAUGGUGAGGUGUUGGUGAAUCGGACAGUGGACUGCUGUGUGAGACAACUGUGCGAAUGUGAUAAGGGCCGUUGUUCAAUACAGAAGUGCAAACCGGGACAUGAGCUAGAGGUCCACAUGUCAAAUGACAGUUGCUGCCCCUCUUACGAGUGUGUUCCCAAAGACGUUUGUGUCUUCAAUGAUACUGAGUACAAGCCUGGUGUGAAUUUCUCCAAAGGCCCCUGUGAAUCAUGCAGAUGCACCAACAACAAGGACCCAGGCACCAUGCUGAAUGACAUUGAGUGCUAUAUGAUGUCCUGUCUUCUCAACUGUUCAGAAGGCUAUGAGUUUGAAACCAUACCUGGGCAAUGUUGUCCAUCAUGUAAAAAGACAAGCUGUGUAUUGGAGGUUCCUGGCUCUUCUUCUCCCAUAAUCAUCGAACCUUCUAAGUCUUGGUCGCCACCAAAUGACAACUGUACGAAAUAUGACUGCCAAAAAGUGAAGGAUGAGUUCGUUAGCGUAAAAAAUCAAAUCUCAUGUCCUGCAUUUGAUCCAGAGAACUGCAUACCCGGUACUGAACAAACUGACAUGAAUGGUUGUUGCAAAACCUGUACACCUCGUGACAGCUGUCAAAUGCAAAAGAACACCACCUACCUGCAGAUUAAGAACUGCAAGUCAAUUGUUGAAGUGGAAAUCACAGCCUGUGUCGGAUCCUGUGGAGCGUCAUCAUCAAUAUACUCUGCAGAGAGUAACAGUAUGAUACAUGCAUGCUCUUGCUGUCAAGAAAUUGCCACCAGUGAGAAGGAAGUGGGUAUGACCUGCACUGAUGGCAGCAAGAUAACGCACACCUACAUUUCAGUCGACAAGUGCGGUUGCCACGUCGCUGAAUGUCCUAAGGGAAUCAACGGUUAACAAGAUCUUUUAAAAGACAACAUUGAUGGCAAAGCUAGAUUGCAAAUAAGAUCUGACCAAUAUUCUUUAUUGACUUACUUAUUUAACAUUUCCUGUUUUAUUUUUAACUAUUUGAGAAUCAAGUGACACUUCUGUAAUGUUCUGGUAUAACAUGUCCUUCCCCCUUUGCCCUUAGUCUCAUAGGGAUAGAUACGUGAUUAGCACAUACCAUGGCUUCUCAUUCAGGUUUAAAAAACUGGUACCUUUUUCAAACUUUAUGAUAUGGUGAUAUUUAGUCUUAGAUGGUGCUUCUUUCUUUUACUGUUAAUGACUUGGGAGUUAAAAGGCGCAAGUAUAUCUUCAGAUUUACAGCACAAUGUAGAAAAUGAAUGUAUGAAUUUAAAAAAGAGUGAAGAAUAUCUAAGCUUUUUUGUUGAAUAUUUGAAUUGUGAAACUUCUGCAAAUCUGAACAUCUUCUGUGUCAAUAAAA